AUGGCUGCCACCACCACCUCACAUCUGUUGCUCACCACCAAGGACACCCAUUCUGAGAACAGCAGCUUCUACUAUGACUAUGACUACUUGGAUGAACUGACCUUCAUGCUCUGUAGGAAGGACGCAAUGCUGUCCUUUGGCAAAAUCUUCCAGCCUGUCUUCUAUAGCCUGAUCUUUGUUUUUGGUCUGGGUGGGAACCUCCUCCUUCUUGUGAUCUUGCUCUAUUAUGUGCCUCGCCGGAGGAUGGCUGAGGUCUACCUGGUGAACCUGGCCAUUUCCAACCUCUUAUUUGUGGUGACACUGCCCUUCUGGGGCAUCUCUGUGGCCUGGCAUUGGGUCUUUGGAAAUUUCUUGUGCAAGAUGGUAAGCACCCUCUAUACCAUUAACUUCUACAGUGGCAUCUUCUUCAUUAGCUGCAUGAACCUGGACAAAUACCUGGAGAUUGUCCAUGCACAGCCCUACCACAGACUGAGGACACAGGCCAAGAGUCUGAUCCUGUCUGCCGUGGUAUGGGGCGUGGCCCUGGCCAUGUCCAUUCCGGACAUGGUCUUUGUAAGGACACAUGAAAACCCCAAGGGUGUAUGGAACUGCUACCCAGACUUCGGCGGGCAUGGAACCAUCUGGAAGCUCUUUCUCUGCAUCCAACAGAACAUCAUGGGGUUUCUCCUUCCGCUCUUUGCCAUGAUCUUCUUCUACUCCCGAAUUGGCUGUGUCCUGGUGAAGCUGAGGCCCCCAGGCCAGGGCCGGGCUCUCAGGAUGGCUGCAGCCCUUGUGGUGGCCUUCUUCGUACUAUGGUUCCCCUACAACCUUACCUUGUUUCUGCACUCACUGCAGGACCUGCAAUUCUUUGGGGACUGUGAGGUCAGCCACCACCUAGACUAUGCCCUGCAGGUGACAGAAAGCAUCGCCUUCCUUCACUGCUGCUUCACCCCCAUCCUCUAUGCCUUCUCCAGCCGCCGCUUCCGCCAGUACCUGAAAACUUUCCUGGCCACUGUGGUUGGAUGGCGCCUGGCAUCUGGUACUACACAGAACUCACUGCAUAGCUGUUCUGAGAGCAGCAGGCUAACUGCCCAAGAAGAAAUGACUGGCAUGAAUGAGCUUGGGAAGAGGCAGGCUGAGGGCUCCUCCAACAAGGGGGAUGUAGAAAAAUUAAGCUGGAAUGGCCCAACCACAGUCUGA